AUGAGCGACUUAUACAAUCUCGACGUCCAGCGGACCCGUUUAUCCCGCCGCCACGGCCCCGAGCCCGGCUCCGCUCCGGCAGCUACUCUCCCCGAGUUAUCUGCCAUCGAGACCGCUGAAGCCAAGCUCCCUCGACCUGAAUCGGAGGACUAUCUUCGAGGUGUCUCACAGGAACAUGUUGUACAACACAUCAUACAGGACAUUGUUCCCGCGUGUAACGGCCAGGGCAGUUCGUCCCGUUAUUACGGGUUUGUCACCGGUGGUACUCUUCCUAUUGCUGAGUGGGCAGACAAUGUAGUCUCCCGCCUGGACCAGAAUGUCCAGGUUCAUCUGCCAGCACAGACAAUUGCAACUACAUUGGAGGAUGCAGCUUUGGAGAUGCUCGUUUCGCUACUCAGACUUGGGGAUUGGAAAGGACGUACCUUCACAACUGGGGCUACGGGCAGUAAUGUUCUUGGACUUGCAUGUGGACGCGAAGCCAUCUUGGAGAUGCGCGGGCAGAGUAUCGGUGAGGUCGGCUUGCUUGCGGCCUGUCUUUCUGCUGGCGUUAGGGAGCUCCAGAUCCUCACGAGUGCAGGUCACAGCUCCUUGUCUAAGGCAGCGAGUGUCGUCGGUUUCGGACGAGGAGCUGUGAAAGAGCUGAGGCUCAGCGAAAGUGAGCCAUGGAGAUUGGACCUCGAGGCUUUGGAAAGAGAACUUCAGAAGAAAGACACCGCAAGCGUUAUUGCAUUAAGCGCCGGAGAGGUCAACACCGGGCGAUAUGCUUUAUCGGGGGUUGAAGAGAUGCGUAAAGUAAGGGAGUUGGCAGACAAGUAUGGAGCUUGGAUUCAUGUCGAUGGAGCCUUUGGUAUCUUUGCUCGCGCUCUUCCCGAAGAGGACGACUACAAAAUUCUUCGUGAUCGUGUUGAGGGGAUCGAGUUAGCGGACAGUAUCACCGUUGAUGGGCACAAGCUUCUCAAUGUCCCCUAUGACUGCGGCAUGUUCCUCACGCGAUCACCUGCUACCCUUCAAUCCGUCUUCACCAACCCCAAUGCAGCAUACCUCUCUACGGGAGGGGCGUCCACCAUUCCCUCGCCCCUGAAUAUUGGCCUCGAGAACUCACGGCGGUUCCGUGCCCUUCCCGCAUAUGCGGUUCUCCUCAGUGAAGGUCGACCAGGUAUGGCAAAUUUGCUGGCCAAUAUGACCGCUUUAUCCCGCCGGGUCGCUACGUUCUUGAGGGACUCGGAGCACUACGAGCUACUCCCCGACGACGGUGCUGACUUGAAUGAGAUCUUCAUGAUUGUUCUUUUCCGUGCUAAGAAUUCCACUUUGAACGAUAAGCUAGUUCAGAAGAUCAAUGAGACCCGGCAGAUGUAUGUGAGUGGUACGAGCUGGAAGGGAGAGAAGGCUGUACGAAUGGCUGUGUCCAACUGGAUGGUGGAUGUCGCCAGAGACUUCAGGGUGGUGACUUCUAUCUUGACUCACGUGGCAGAGGGAAAGAUGUUCGACAUUACCAACUGUUGA